AGAAAUUAGAAGCAGGAACUCCAGGUUUGGUUCAAAAAAAGAUGACAGAGAGCCUGGCGAGCGGGACCAGUCUUGGCAAAGUUUCAGUGUGACAUCCAUACAAACCAAGAGGACCUUACAUGGAUCUACUGUGAAAUAAGGAAGGGGAGCGUUUUUAUAGGGGAAUUCUUACGGUGUUGUUGUUGUGUGUUUUUUUUAGGUUGUUUUUUUUUUACCCCUUCUCCUUUCGUUUGAGCCAAUAUUUCUAAUUCACCAAGGAUGGAUCAGCCAACGAACACGCAGACCCCGCACCAACACGAACCCAUCAGCUUCGGGAUUGAUCAGAUUUUAAACAGUUCCGACCAGGAGACCCCUUCGCAACCCGCCCCGCGAGGAUCAGACGUCGGUGGCGGCGGCAGCGCGAAUUACCUGGGCAGCCCCGUGGGCAGCCGGACGGGCGCCCCGUACCCUUCUCUCCCUGGCGCCUUCCCUGGCAUCGGGGCCCCUUUCGAGGACUCUGGAUCUUACAGUGUGAAUCUCAGCUUGGCUCCAUCUGGCGUGAUCAGGGUGCCAGCUCAUAGACCCAUCCCUGGGGCAGUGCCACCUCCCAUUUCUAGUGCCAUACCAGCCAUGCCAGCUGUACCCAGCCUUGGCAGCCUCAACUUCCCCUGGAUGGAAAGCAGCAGGCGGUUCGUCAAGGACAGAUUCACAGCGGCGGCGGCGCUCACUCCUUUCACGGUGACGCGGCGGAUCGGGCACCCUUACCAGAACCGCACCCCGCCCAAGCGCAAGAAGCCGCGCACGUCCUUCUCCCGGGUGCAGAUCUGCGAGCUGGAGAAGCGCUUCCACCGGCAGAAGUACCUGGCCUCGGCCGAGAGGGCGGCGCUCGCCAAGUCGCUCAAGAUGACCGACGCGCAAGUCAAGACCUGGUUCCAGAACCGCAGAACCAAGUGGCGGAGACAGACGGCGGAGGAGAGGGAAGCCGAGAGGCAACAGGCCAGCCGGCUGAUGCUGCAGCUCCAACACGACGCCUUCCAGAAGUCCCUGAACGACUCCAUCCAGCCCGACCCGCUCUGCCUGCACAACUCCUCGCUCUUCGCGCUGCAGAACCUCCAGCCCUGGGAAGAGGAAGGCUCCAAGAUCCCGCCCGUCACCUCCCUGGUGUAAAAGGAUCUUGGCCCGGGCCGGCGGGCGGGCCUCGGAAAGGCAGACACCCUCCUCCACCUCUCCCUGCAUGAACCGAAGGCCGAAACUCAGCAAAGAAG